UUCUGUUAUAGCAAGCAAUUUAAUUUGUACCAUGUCAAACACAACAAUGCAAGAGGAAAUCAAAAUCAACAAAUACGAUUCCACUCAGCUUAAACACACUGUGGAUGAUCAUUUGCGAAAGUACUUGACCAGCGACGCAAAUUAUGUUGAGAACCACCAACACAUGGAUGUCAAACUUUCUCUCGGGUACCUUUCAUGCCUUUUCGCCGCCGCUGCAACGUACUACGAAUGGAAGAACGGAUUCCAAAAGGCAAAACCCGUCACUCUGAUUUGCGUAGCAUCCUACUUUGUGAUCAACUUUAUCGCAUGGGUCUACGCCUACUUCAUCGAAAAGCAAGAUGUGUUUGUUGGAACCAAAGAUGGAGCAACGCUUAAAAUCUCAGCCCGUUUAGCGCGGCUCUCGGAAACCUAUACGCUGGACUUCCAUUUUACCGAUGGCAAGAAGAAGGGAAACUACACACUGGAAUCCAGCUUUGGAAAGUGGUUCAAUGAGGAUGGUGUUUUAGUGACUUCUGUAUUGGAAGCUGAUGUCAAGUCGGCCAUCGAACGAUCGACGAUAAGCAAAGAGCAGUAGUGUAUAAAAAAGAUAAAAUACUGCGUUUCAUGUGUGUGUCUCAGCAAACGCGCGCGGAAUCAAAAUAACCGUUAUAUAAAUUUUGAAUUUGUCAUUUUGCGACUUUCUUACAAAUAUUAUUAUAAAAAGCCUCUCUAAAUCUCGAGGCCUUGCAGAUAGAUUUCCAUACUGGCGUCCAUUACUACUCGUCGAGCUUUCCACAUUUACUCUUCCCUCCGAAAAAACAUGUCUGAACAAGUCUAUGAUUACCUUGUCAUUGGCGGUGGAUCAGGC